AUGGCAUUUCCAUCACCGUGUGGUAGUGGCAGUGGCCGCCGUCUCAGUAUUGGAACCCCGAAAUCCCUUGCUAAGAAAAAUGAUGCUGAGGAAAUCCGUGAAAGAAGGAAAUCUAAAUUAUUUGAAUUGCAGAAUAAACAUCUUUCCAGCCCACUGACUCCAAGCAAAGGAAGUCCAAGAAAUUUAUCAAGUAACCCUUUAAGAGGUCUGAGUACUACUCAACUAUCUGACCAUUAUGCCAACUGUGUGAAGCUCAAUGCAGAAAAUAAAAUAAACACCAAGAAUGCUUUUGGUCUGCACUUGAUUGAUUACAUGACAGACUUGCUGAAGGGCAAGAAAUUGGGUGAUUUCCAGGUUGCUGGAACCACCCUUGAUGCUAGUGCCAAGAUCUAUGCCAGCAGAGUUGAUGCAAUUCACUCAGAGACUUACAAAGUACUUGGCACUCUCAGUCGAGGCAACAAGAAGAAAAACAAAGAGGACAAUACAGAAGUGAAUGAUGACGAAGAUUCAGGGGUAGACAAUGAAGACAAUGAAGAUAUGCCAGCCAAUAAAGUCAAAAAAACAAAGAAAAUUCACCGUAACAAAUUUAUUGAAAAGAAUCUAAAAAACAUCAACUUGGAUACCUUUGAACUUGAAUAUGAAAUGGACCCUUUGUUCAAGUCCUUGACGACUGCUUUUGCCGAAGGCCUUUCCAGUGGUCUUUUACUCAGUGCUUUGAGUUGCUACACAGACAGCAGUGAAUUAGUUUUGGACUCAACCACAAUUAUUGAUGACAUAGAGAGCCAGCCUGUCAGCAAAACUAACAAAGACCCUGUCGGCAUGUCAGAUAUUAAAGACUUCUUGGAAAAAGAAAAUUUCUACAAAUCUGAAAUCUGUCCAUCCUUUUCCAAUUUCAAGUUUAAUAAUUGGAAUGAAGCUGACGAGACGAUGCAAGCUAAGGAUAAGGUAAAUUCCAAUUAUGCUUUUGAUAUGGAAGCUGAGGCAGAAGACAUCCCAAAUGAUGACAUGGAAGAUUAUGGUUGUGAAGACGCUAAUUUUGAUGAUGGAGGUGCAGAUGAAGAUGAAGAAAUUGUCGAUUUAGUUGGAAAUAAUGCUGAAAUACCUGAGAAAGCCAAUAUAGCUUCAAUCUCAGAUGGUGACCAGUUACUAAAGACAACACUUUCUUCAAUCAGCAAUGCUCGUUCAAUGGUGGAUUUCUUGGCUUCUGCUCCAUCUGAAUAUUCUUUCUUCAAUAAAAAACUUUUGCAGACCUGGAAGGGGCCAUCCCAUUGGAAGAUUCAUCCAAUGGCUCGAAAUACAGCCAGCUGCAAACCUUCACAGGCAAAGACAUCAGUGAAAAAAGUCAAAUUCCAACUUGACUUUGAACAGGAAAAAGAUUUUCAAUCUGAUUUCAAGAAGGCUCGUAAUUGUGUCCUGACCAAGAAACGUCUGGAGGUUAUGGAAACUACAAGUCUCCUCUUGCCCAAAAUGCUCAACUACCAGCCACAAGCACUCUUUGGAUGUUUCUGGAAGCCUAGCAUUAUGGUUCGUCGCCAAGCCACACUUGCCACCACUGAUGAUGAUUUGGUCGUUGGCUAUGAUUAUGACAAUGACAAUGACAAGCAGAACUUUUGCCCUGAUUUCAACCAGGAUUAUGAUGACAAUGAUGAUAACUCUGAAGAUUUGUUUGGCUUCAGUUGUGCCACAAGUAAUGCCAGCCAACAAUCUGAUAUUAUUUCUAUGUCAGGAGAAACAGAAGAUCCUACCAAAAUUUCUAUGCUCACUGGUGAUGGCUUAGUUGCCCAACCCCAAAAGGUGGAAAAAAUCAAUAUCUCUUAUGCAAAAACGGCCAAAAAAGUUGAUGUUCGCAGAUUAAAACAGUCCUUGUGGAAACUGAUGACACACACCGUACCAGAAGAAAACAAAGAAAACCAAGAUCAAAAUGCUGAGCAGUCAAAAGAGGAAAGUACAGAGGAUGCAACUCUGAUGAAGACAUCUGUUCUCUUCAGUGACCUGGUGAAGCAACUUCCUAAUCAUGUGCCAAGCUUCAUGGCCAAAAAUAUUAGUGUCCCUAUUGCAUUUGUUUGCAUGCUCCACUUGGCCAAUGAAAAAAGUCUCAAGUUAAACAGAUUGGAUUUAAAUGACAUUGAAAUUUCACAACCAGUAACUUCCUGA